CAUCAGCCAUGGAAAGAAGCUCCCCUACGCCGGCUGGGAGCGCGUCUGUACUAGAGCGCCACGAUCCCAUCCCCGCAUCCUUCUGCUACUGCUCUCUUCCGCCUGUCUGAACCGUUGGCUCCUUUUGUUGUGGCCAUGAGAUAGGAAGUUCGUCACAGCAUACUAAGAUACCCCACAACCCCCGGUCACACCAACUGCCGCCCUAAGUCGCCGUUCAACGUCGUCACUCCGCUUUUGCGACUUUCGCAGUCGACAAUCCCACAAUGGCCGGCGCAUCUAAGCUGGAGAAGCUGCCGCCAUGGGGCAACGCCGUGGCUGGUUCUGCGGGCGCUGUGCUCGCGAAUGCGCUGGUGUACCCGUUGGACAUUGUGAAGACCAAACUGCAAGUACAGGUUAAACGUGCUCCCGGGUCCUAUGCCGAAGCUGCUGCCAGCUCCCCCGACCACGAACACUAUGCUUCCACCCUCGAUGCGAUAACGAAGAUCGUAAAGGCAGAAGGGGUCGCGGGACUGUACGCUGGCAUGACAGGCUCACUGAUUGGUGUCGCAUCAACCAACUUUGCCUACUUCUACUGGUAUACAAUCGUUCGCACUCUUUACCUGAAGUACUCGGCCGCUCCAGGAACAGCUGCUGAACUGGGACUUGGUGCCGUCGCUGGAGCGGUUGCCCAACUAUUCACCAUUCCGGUAGCUGUUGUCACGACGCGACAACAAACGACGACGAAACUUGAGCGGAAGGGGCUUCUUGCGACCGGGAAGGAGGUCAUAGACAGCGAGGAUGGCUGGACGGGGCUUUGGAGAGGCUUGAAGGCCAGCUUAGUGCUCGUAGUGAACCCAGCGAUCACAUACGGUGCCUACCAGAGAUUGAAGGAGAGCCUGUUCCCGGGCAGGACCGCGCUCAAGCCAUGGGAGGCUUUUGCCCUCGGUGCUAUGUCCAAGGCACUCGCUACCAUCGCUACACAGCCGCUCAUCGUCGCUAAAGUUGGUCUACAAUCGAGGCCCCCGCCAGCAAGGAAUGGCAAGCCCUUCAAGAGCUUCAUCGAAGUUAUGCAAUACAUCAUCGAACACGAAGGUGCCCUCGGCCUGUUCAAGGGUAUCGGGCCCCAGAUCCUGAAAGGUCUGCUUGUGCAAGGUUUCCUCAUGAUGACGAAGGAGCGUAUCGAGCUCUCCUUCAUUCUGCUGUUCAGAUACCUCCGCCAAGUGCGCGCCGAGAAGCUCCAGAAGCUUGCCAACAUCGCGGCUGAGAAGGCUCAGCAGAGCAGACCUGUUCUGCUCAAGUAGAUAUAUUAGAUGACCGGUUCGGUUCUGGAUGGAAUUUAUGUACAUUGCAUUUAGAGCUUAGAGCUCCUUGAUCGUUGGGCGUUUGGGCGGUCAACAUCUUAGGUAUACACGAAUGCAAGACUUCUUUUU